AUAGCUUGUGAGUUCUCCUGAUUUGGACAACAUAUCCAUCACAACGAUCAGAGCAACUAGGCAACUAGCUAGGAGAGCUUGUGUUGUAUCGAGGAAACCGAUCUGAUGGGGAGGUCGCCGUGCUGCUGCCACGACGCCAGCGUGAAGAAAGGGCCGUGGACGGAGGAGGAGGACAAGGCGCUGGUGGAGUACAUCCAGAAGCGCGGUGGGAACGUCGGUAGCUGGCGCGGCCUGCCCAAGGCCGCCGGGCUGAACCGCUGCGGCAAGAGCUGCCGCCUCCGCUGGACCAACUACCUCCGCCCCGACAUCAAGCGCGGCAACUUCUCCGACGAGGAGGAGCGCCUCAUCAUCUCCCUCCACGCCGGCCUCGGCAACAAGUGGUCGACGAUCGCGACGCACCUGGAGGGCCGGACGGACAACGAGAUCAAGAACUACUGGAACACGCACAUCCGGAAGAAGCUCAUGCGCAUGGGCGUCGACCCCGUCACGCACCAGCAGCUGCCACCCGACCAGACCAGCCACCACCUCAACGGCACCGCCGCCGCUCUCCUCCCGGAGGCGCUCCAUUGGGCGGCAGCUGCCGCGAGCCUCGGAAGCCUGGACACCGGCGCCCUCAUGCAGGCGCUGCUUCUGCAGCAGCUCCUUCAGGUUAUCGGCUCCAACAACGACACCACUGGCCUCAUCAACAACCUAGCUGCCGCAAAAGCAAUGCAGAACUCAAGCGGUGGUAUCGUUCCGAACAUCCUGCUCCAGGACCAGAUUAACUACCUACAGCCGGGUUACCUCUGCAACACCCCCAAUUUUCCAGAGCAGCAUGUGAUGCAGCAGAAGAUGACCAAUGACACGUCUCCGGGAAUGAGCUCCUUCACUGCAGCUGAAAUGGCUGAUCAGCUCUGCAACACUGCAGCUUCAUUUGCAUCGCAUGAUGUUGCACCCGCGGGUGACUGGUCACCCGCGCGGGAGUUCGCUGGCUUGCUGGAGCCUAUGAUGGACCUGCCCGAUCUAUGCUCUCUGGAGAGUGAUUCUUUCUGGAAGGACAUACUGGAUGACAGCUACCGUUUGUAGGUUCCUCUUUCAGGCUGAAACAAAUCUGUUGUGUAUGAAAGUUUUGUACAGUGUUAGAUCCAUCGUAGAGGUUUAGAUGAGAUGAUAAAACACACAUUGAUUUGCUUGUGUUCAUUGCGCUUCUUCCAAUAGAUUU